AUGAGCCGCACCAUCGCCCAACGACGGACACAUACGGCUCCAGCGAAACAGGUGCUUGCUCUCCUUCCCCGAGCUGGUGUUCGACAGGCAAACCAGACCAUUUUCCAACCCGGUGUCGUUAUCUCUUACCGCCACGGUCUUCAAUCGACUUUGACACGGCUCGUGCCUUUAAGUCACACUAAGAUGUUUUCCAGGAAAUACUCAUAUCCUGGCAAGUCUGUCAUCAGGAUGGAUCCUGACUGUGCGAUAUGCCAUGCCCCGGCCAAUAUGGCAUGUGAGUGUGAGGCUAAGGGUCUUGACGUUGCUGUCAAACAAGCCGAGGACCGUAUGAUGCGGUCGAUAUAUACUGAAAUACGUUCCUGGGUUCGAGGCCAUGCGCAAGACUACAUACUUGAAUAUUUCCGCCUCCUCACCGAUCAACGAAAGACUGCCCAUGCUGCGCAUAUGGAUCGAAUCACUGCCCACGCUUACCAUUAUUAUCAUGCCCCGCCUCAUCCGACGCAAGUGGCCGAAGCGCAAGCCUCAUUGAAACGUGGCAUUGACGAAGAUUGGCAGGCGAGCGUACAACGCUACCCCGAAGUACUUGAAUAUUUCUUUGGACUUGUUGAGCUUACACUGCCGGCGGAGGAUGAGCCGGCGGUUAAAGAACCGCCACUAGGAUCGUUAUCCAAUUUACGAAAAGUAAACCGCCGAAACAGCAAUAACCCUCCCGGCUCCGCUGGCACAGUCGUACCCCCAGGAUACCGUGGCGACCCAGGCCAGAUGCACCAGGAGCCUCCACCGAUGCCUAUGCCUCGAGCCGACCGUCGAACUCCCGGCCCUGGAAUGAGACGACCCCCCAACUUUGGAGCGCCGCCGCCAAUGCCUGGUGGUUACAACUAUCCCCCCCCUCCUCCUCCAUACUAG